UCUUUGCAAACUGUGAGCAUUUCAAGCCAUGGGGAUGCUGCUGCGCUUGAGUUUGGUAGCUCUUGGAGCUGCCUACACUUGUGCCUUGGCCUUGGAAAUUCCCAUGAGUACAUUGGUGAAAGAGACUUUGACCCUGCUUUCCACUCAUCAAACGGUGCUAAUAGGCAAUGAGACCCUGAGGAUUCCUGUUCCUGCACAUAAAAAUCACCAACUAUGCAUUGAAGAAAUCUUUCAGGGAAUAGAUACGCUGAAGAAUCAAACUGCACAAGGCGAUGCUGUGGAAAGACUAUUCCAAAACUUGUCUUUAAUGAAAAAAUACAUUGACAUCCAAAAAAAAAAGUGUGGCCAGGAAAGACGGAGAGUCAAGCAAUUCUUAGAGUACUUGCAAGAGUUUCUUGGUGUGAUAAAUACCGAGUGGAUGAUGGAAAGUUGA